AUCUUGUGUCAAGACAACCCUUCAAAAAAUGUAUGUUAUUCUCCUGUGAGCAUCUCAUCUGCUCUAGCUAUGGUGCUCUUGGGGGCAAAGGGAGACACUGCAGUCCAGAUAUCUCAGGCACUUAAUUUAAACAAACAUCCCGAUGAAGACAUCCAUAAGGACUUCCAGUUGCUUCUUCACAACCUGAACAAGCCAAAAAGCCACUACUGCCUUAGAAUAGCCAACAGGCUCUUUGCAGAGAAUACUUGUAAAUUAGUCCCAACCUAUAAGGAGUCCUGUCUUCGAUUCUAUAAUUCAGAGAUAGAGCAGCUCUCCUUUGCCAAAGCUGCAGAGGAGUCAAGGAAACACAUAAACACGUGGGUCUCCAAACAGACUGAAGGCAAAAUUCCAGAGCUGUUAUCAAGUGAUUCAGUUGGCUCAGAGACCAAAUUGAUUAUGGUCAAUGCAUUAUAUUUCCAAGGAUCAUGGCUUCACUGCUUUGAUAAAGAGUUCACCAUGGAAAUGCCCUUUAAAAUAAACAAGAAAGAAACAAAGCCAGUGCAGAUGAUGUGGCAAGAAGAGACAUUUGACGUCGCCUAUGUGAAGGAAAUUCAAGCACAAAUACUGGUGAUGCCCUACAGAGGGAUGGAAAUGAGUUUCAUGGUCCUGCUCCCAGAUGAGGGUGUGGAUAUCAGAAAGGUGGAAAGCAGUCUCACUUUUGAGAAAUUAACAGCUUGGACCAAACCAGAGUUUAUAUACAGCACUGAGGUUUAUGUUUACCUUCCAAAAUUUCAACUGCAAGAGCAAUAUGAUAUGACAGCCCUGUUCCAGCAUUUGGGAAUGAUUGAUGUCUUCAGUGAGAUCAAGGCUGACUUAUCUGGAAUGUGUCCUGAGAAAGACCUGUGUGUGUCCAAGUUUGUUCACGAGUGUGUGGUAGAGGUCAAUGAAGAAGGAACUGAGGCUGCUGCAGCAUCUGCAGCUGACUGUUGUUACAGUUGUAGUGAAUAUACCCCAACUUUCUGUGCUGAUCGCCCCUUCCUUUUCUUCAUCAGGCACAAUCAAACCAACAGCAUCCUGUUCUGUGGCAGGUUCUCAUCUCCAUAA